GUUCAGACCGUCUUCAAGCCCAUAGUGAAGCUCUCUUCUCCAGACUGCAGGCUGUGGACGGCCAUGAGCAACAUGCGAGGAGCUGGAGUUGCGGCAGCCGAACGACAGGCAGAGUUUCCAAUGUUGGAGUGGCUUUAUCAUGAUAACGUCGUUCAGGAUCGAGACGGACAUGGCUACGUCAACGAGAAUGGUCUACGUUCUCAGCUCUGGACGCAGUCACCACUGAAGCAGAAUCAGGACACCGUCAGCAAUAGAACUCGACGAGUUGACGGAUGCGCUCACGACUGCCUGAACGCAAACAACGAGCCCUUGGAGAAACCAUACAAGCUCGACUCCAACAUACAGCUGAAGAAGACCAUCCGACGAUGCCCUGGUCAUGGAGUUCAACGACAUGCAGUUAUCGAGGGCUCAGUACCAGGCUCCAGCUCCAAGACUGCAGCGUUGACUACCAUGUACACUCGCACGAUGUGCCGGGCACUCAUCAGCGACAUCACUUCCUUCGCGCGCAAGUUUACCUGCGCCCUGAUGUUGGCGACGCUCGUCUACAGCAACAUCGACAUACACCACGGAAGCCCGAACACAGAAGCAGAGCGAGUUCAGCUACUUCACCCUAAGGCGACGGCACCUCAGCUCGGCAGCGACGGUGCGGCGGCACAUGACAUCACCACGAUCACCGAUGACUUUCUCGAAGACAAUGGCAUGUAUUUCAUACCGGGCUCAAGCUGGCACUACAAGCAGGUACCGCUGGCCAGCUGUGGCAUCGGCGACAGGAUUGCUCAGCUCAUGAUCGUGCAGACACAGACUCCACCAGUGAAGAUCAGGGAUCACAUCGACGAGGACGAGACAGAGCGUGGCAAGAACGGUUGCGGCAGCACUGCUAACGGCACUGUCCAAAUGAAGGUGGCCUACGACCGGCUGCGGCGAGCCAAAGUGGACGACUUCACCAUGAACAUUCACGAGCAGCUGAAGAAUCUCGAUCAGAUAUGGUUGGCUCGCAUCUUGGCAGAUUUAGCAGGACAGCACACAGGCAUACUCACGGCGCCCAACACUCAGCAGCAGCUCAACCUGGGCGACGACACCGAUGGCACCACUCA